AUGACUGUGGGAAGCUACCGCCGCAGGCUAGAUGCCUCCAAACUAGUCGUCACUCGGAGUAAAGUUUUGAGCGAGGCCCACAACCCAACGGAUUUGAAAUUUGGCAAGCAUUUCACAGGUAUGUCUCCUCAAUAUCUCGACUUUCUAUUAUUCCUCUCAGGUCCCAACCUAUCAAUAACUGCUAAUGCGACAGAUAUAGACCAUAUGCUGCUCAUAAAAUGGAACCUCAACUCAGGUUGGUGUGAUCCCGAAAUAGUCCCCUAUCAACCAAUAGCUCUCGACCCUAGCUGCGGCAGUCUCAACUAUGCUAUCUCCUGCUUCGAAGGCAUGAAAGCUUACCUCUCCCCCCAAAACGCGCCCCUCCUCUUCCGACCGCUCGAUAACUUGCGUCGUAUGAAUUCCUCCGCUGAGCGAAUUGCGCUUCCCACAUUUGAUGUCAACGAGUUGCUAAAAUGCAUCGCAAGUCUGGUUGAAUUGGACAAGAGAUUUCUCAAUGUCAAAAGGGGGACUAAACGCGGUAGUCUAUAUUUACGGCCCAAUCUUAUCGGAACCUCCCCUGGCUUGGGAGUUGGUCCUCCAACAAGCGCAUUACUCUACGUGAUAGCUUCACCAGUGGGGGAAUACUUCUCCUCUGCCUCCACUGCCGGGAUCUCGCUACUUGCGUCCUCAAACUUAGGCGCCACAAGGUCUUGGUACGGUGGCGCUGGAAAUCGGAAAAUAGCAGCCAAUUAUGCGCCAACCAUUAUGCCUCAGUUACAGGCAGAGAGACUAGGUUGUCAACAGGUGCUUUGGGUAAUGGAACGUGACUGUCGGAUCACCGAGGCGGGCACUACGAAUCUUUUUGUUGUUUUGAGGGGUGAAGAUGAAAGGUCAGUAUUGAUAACCCCUCCAGUUGACGGAAUGAUUCUUCCGGGCAUCAUAAGGGAUAGUGUUUUAAGUUUGGCGAGAGAAAGGUUGGAGGGGAGAGGAUGGGAAGUCGUGGAGCGGAUAAUUACCAUGGCUGAGUUGAGAGAUGCUGCCAAAGACGAGAGAUUGAUCGAGAUGUUUUGCACGGGGACGGCAGCAGUAGUGGUUCCGGUGAAAGAAAUCGUGUGGGGAGAGUGCGUGGUCAGUUGCAGAGGUGAGGAGAACUCGGGCAUGGGAGAAAUCGCUGGGUUAAUGAAGAGCUGGAUUGAGAAAAGGCAGUAUGGACAAGAACGCCACGAGUGGAGUGUGGAAACAGUUAGCUUGGGUGGCGUCAAUUGA